AUGGAACGCGGGCGCAGCACCGAGUUGAGGAUAUUCUCAGCAAAGUAAGGUCGAUUGUACCAGAUUUUACUUCGUUUAUAUUAGUUUAGUUAUAACUUCACGUUUUUUAAAAACUGUAAAUUUAGCUAUCUAUAGCUAUAUUAGUGUAAAUUUAUUGAUUUUAAUUUAAAAUUUAAAAAAAUUAAAUUUCCUUUUGAUAAAGAUGACUCAACAACAAAGUUGCUUAUUUCCUUAUGUUUAUCUUAACCCCAAUUAGCUAUAACCAUUAAUCUUUAGGAAAACAGAUGAGAAGCCAAAGCUUAACGAAGACGAACCUGACCCAAAGUCAAAAGGAAGCGACCAAAUGCCUGACAAAGAACAGAAGCCUGAGCCUAAGCCUAAAGUUCAACCCAAGCCUAGAAAUCUGUCUCCGACCAAACUCUUGCAGCGAUUACUUAAACCAUUAUCGCCUGAGAGGAAAGAUGACAAAAGCCACAAGAGCGACAAACAAAUCGACCAGAAAAUGGUCGAGGAAGAGGGCAAGUAAGUGCACAUAUAAUCAUAAUAUAACAAAAGUGGGAAUUGAAUUUUAAAGAUAAAUGUAGGCCGCAGUCUGCAGUCUUCCGCGAAUGAAUUCCCCAAAAACACAACAAUACAGUAUUGUUAUACUCUCCUCUCCAAUAUAAAAGUCGUAUAUCGCUUUACGGCCACUGUGAGUACGACAUAUUGUUUUGAUUACGUUUUACGAGAGUUUUAUGCCAACUUUAAUCGUUUAUUGUGGGGAAUCCAAUUGCUGACUUGGCUAUACGAUCUUGUUUUACAUACAAUUGCUACAAAAAUAAACAAAAAGCGACAAGGUUGGCUUUAAAUUAUGAUGUUUACGAGGGGAACGGCCGAACUUGUGUAUAAGACCAUGGUGAAUAUCAGGAAAAUGGUCAGUUUUCUCCUUUUUUGGAAGAAACUGUAGUGAAAGCGCUUUAAUUGUUGUUAUAGCAAUACAAUUUUAAACUCAGUUUUAAAAGCUGGAGACACGGGUUUAAGGUUUUAAGAGUCAUAAACAUAAUUAUCGUAGAUAUUGUAGUAGCUAUGUCUCAAAGCCCUUUUUUACUGUAACUUCUGACUUAUUUAACUCAUGUGUUUUGUCACUCUGAUCAAGUCGCUUCACACCUCUGCAAUUAAUCUCGUCACUCUCGGCCUUAUCGAAUAUCAUUUCUUUGAUUGUGGCCAGAUGUUUUGUCGGUCAUUCACAACAUGAUCCAACUCUUGCGGGGACAUGAUCUCGACCCUGUUCUCGAGACUGGUCGGGCUGGUGUUCUCGACGCUGCUCGCUCUGUUCUCCUUUUUAGUUAUGUGAGUCAAUUCGGUUAGUCAGCAUCCAUUCUGGCUACAAUAACAUCUUCUGUCUGUUUCUUAAUAUUGUUCUACAUAUGACUUUAUGUUUAUAUAGUCUUGAAUUUUUGAUUAAAGUCAUUUAAACAUAAGCAACAGUGUUUUAAAUUUUGUCUAAGUGAAGAUCAAAGUAUUUACUGCCUAGUGUCUAUACUGUUAGUACUCUACCUCGCAAUUUAAAACUUAAGGUUAAUAUUUCAGGGAUUCUGAAGAAGCCAUCAAGACAAAGAAGAAGGAUUCAGAAGCCCACACUUCUCAAGAUUUGGUCAUCAAAAAAGGCGCGGUACAGUUAAAGGCUACAGUAACUGUCAUGGAUUACAAUGGGUAAGUUGUCACACGUCGUAUACUUUUAAACAAUAGUGAAGUUUUAAAAAACUUACAGUUAGCAUAUUACGGAACAUUUCUCAGACACAAAAGUCGAAUACAAAGUAUUUUUGCAAUUCGUAAAAGUCAUUCUCAUACGUUGGAUUCUAAGCAUUUUAGGUAUACUUGAAUUCCGAACAUUCUAAAGGUCAUCUCUGAGAUCUUUUGAAAAAAGUGACCUUACAUGCAAAAAGUUUUGUCUUUUUAUGCGAGCCGGUUUUUUUUAAAAUUCUUUUGAAAAAGUUUCUGGAGGGUUGCUUCUGAUGGUGUUGAUACCAAUAACAAGUACAAUUCAAAUUAUUGUACUCAUUUGUUUAAAAAAAUACGUAGUAUUGUAUCUGUGUAGAUAGUGACAACUAAGGGGAAAAGUAAUUUUUUUACUUCGGACUUUAAUUUUUAUUUUUAAAUUGGCAAUACACGUCAAGGAAUGUUUAUGUUGAUGCCAAAAGUAAUCUUAUUCAAAUUCGCCUCAUUCAAGUCAACAACCUUGUCGCGUUCGUAUCGUUGCCAUCGUAUACAUGUCGAUCGUUAUUCGAAUUUCUUUUUCCGGUCAUUGAAGCGCUUUUCGAAUUCGAGAAGCCUCGCUGAGAUUGAUUAUCCACUCCAAAAUUAAACUCUUUUUGUAUGAAUUGACGGCACUUAGUCCUGCUGUUUGCGCUUCAGCUCGUUUCACUUAUCAAAGGAGCGAAGUGGAACGAUCGACAUUAACAUUCCCUCCCUUUGACUCGAGGCUUCUCUAAUAUACUGGCGAUGGAGCGACGAUCCAUCAUGGCCUCCAACUCGUCGCUGCACAGAUACAGGAGUUUGCUGUACGGUUUGUGGUCCGAGGGGAAUAUAAGGUUAUUGUAGUCACAAAAUGCUUAGAAUUCAUAAACAGAAUUUAUAAAGAGCUAAUUAUAUCGUAUUUUGCUUUUAAAGUUUGUGAUUUUCAAUAUUGUGGAGCUUAUCAUUUGUAUGUCUUUUUGUUUCAAGAUAUAAGAUGACUUAUUAAGUAGUUCAAAUAAUUAUGUGCCCCCUAAGGCCGAAAAUUUUCUUUGAGAGGAGCACAGAAUUAUUUGAACAAUAUAUUUAAAAGUUCAGAAGCUAAAUUAAUCGUUUUUUAAUGAUUCAAAAGAUAAGAUGCAUCCAAGUCCCAGUAGGUGAUCUAUGCCUUUGUCAACAGAUCGUGCCUCUAAUUAGAAUUUACAGGAAUGUCGACCGCAGUCCGGCAUUGAAGGCAAACGAGUUUCUGUUCAAUCGACCGAUCACCAAAACUCACGCGACAUUCACAUUGGAUCGACCGCGAAAGCUCACAACUCAAAAGGUAAUUCGAUCUUGUUUACCAUGGUAUAAUGUCUAGCUUGUUGUUUUUUGAUGUUGCAGAGUUCAGGGUACGGUAAUUUUAAAGUAAAAAUUUUAAUUUUAAAAAAUUGAGCUUUUUAGAAAUGUUGGUUUUUAUUUUUGAAUUAUUAUUUUUUUGCAAAUUGGCAUUGUGUUGCAAUAUUGUUUUUGGUUUUGAAGAGCAAGCAUUUAGCAAAAAAACUAAAGAAUGGAUAUAAACAAAGUCAAAAAGCGGGUUUAAAAGUUUAAAGUUGAAGAAAACUUUAUAAUAAUUAUUGGAAUAACUUAGUUAAUAUUAUUCUUUUCCAGCUAAAAAGCCCCGGCCUGGUGUUAGCCUCGCUGAGCUGCGACCGCCUGAACGAGCCGAGUGUUUCAGUGGAAUCGUUCCGGUCAGGAGCUCCGACAGAGAACAAGGUCAGCGAUGAAGACGAGGAGUAUCGGACGCCCACUCCAACUCCGACUUCUGGACUCCCCAAGUUCCCGGCUCCAGAAGUGGCAGAGAGCAAGGAAGACGAAAUGGUACAGUCCGUGAAUGGCAAGACCAAGAAAAUGGCCGAGAAGCUGAGUCGCUCCUUCUUCGAUCUUACCAUGGGAUCGCAAGAUCGACUGGCGAAGUGGAAGAGUAAACUGAAGGAAUAUGGAGGUCAGAAAGGGAAGGGGUAAGCGGUCAUUUAAUGUGGGAGCCCUUUAAGGUUUCAACGCGGUCUGAGGGGGUUCGAAGCUGUUUUUAAUGGUCUGAAUUCAAUUUUAGGUAACAAAGUGUGUUAAAAUGGCAAAAUUUGAAUAAUGUUGUGUGUCAAAGUAUAUUUUAUAUUCUUCGAAGUCUCUAGGCAAUUCCAAAUUGGAGUAAACAGAUUUAGCUAUUCAAAUUUCAAUUUGCCCUUCGAAAUCCUUUGUUUAAACUGAUCGAAGCCGUUGAAAAACCCUCUGAACUUGAUUUAUGCGAUCUCUGGGUCCGCCUUGAUGUCUAUCGCGCUUCCUCUACUUCUUAUAAUGGCCACUCGGGGAGGUUAAAGCAAACACUCGGACCUUUAUUCUCUACAAUAGAUAGCUAUGACCAAAAAGUGGUGGCGUCGGCUGUAAGUUGUUUUUGGUCUUUUAGGCUUGUAAUCGAAUCCGUCGAACGAAAGUGACAUCUCUGAUAGUGGGAUAUUGAUACCUAUGAUAGUCGAAAGUAUAAUAACGUAUACGUUUGUAUGUUUGUCACUUUUUGCACACAAAUCACGUCUUGCAAGGGUUCAGCGAUCAUGACAUAGGUAGAGAGCGAUGCAGAGGAGCAGGUUCAAGUUUGUUGAUAUCCGGCUAUGGUAUGAGGGUUGUACUGUUGUUCUCGUAGUAUAUUUUAGUGUUAUAGUUCUUUUAUAUGCUUUUAGUAAUGUUGUAUUCUUUAAACGCUGUUUUUGUAAUAAUCUUGAAUGAAACAUCAAAAAGCAUUUGAUAUCUAGUAUAAUAUAGAAACACACACCCCUUUUUAAUUGACGGUCUAAGGAAAGCAAGUUUUGAUUAAAGGAUACAAAACAAACUAAACACCAUAUGUCGUAUCCACUUAAUACCGUACAUCUUCAGGAAAGGCCAGUCUAUGGACAGCGAUCUGAAGCACGAAGUAAAUACUCUGCCCGUGGUGAAUCGCCGUCAUAUAUUAUCGAGUUUGGCACCACCACGACCAUUGCAUUCUUCGCAUUCUGCUCAGAACGCUCUCAUCGCUGGUACUAGUAACACGUUGCCACAUCUGCACAAGAGGUAAGGUUUAAAACGCUUUGGAAUGAUUUUGGAGAAUGAAAUGCCUCAAGGCAUUUUAAUUAUUGUUUUUCUUCAGGUUUAUAUGUGAGAUGGUGUGUUUAGGAUUAUUAGUAGUAGGCUUACUGGUUUUGAGCUACGAUAGCUUUGUACUUUAGCUACUAUUUAUGGCUUUUUCUGUUUACUUUUCGACCAAGAACCAAGUCAUUUUUGCUUUUAACUUUUUAGCACGUUUUAAUAGCUUAAUUAAGCCCUCCCUCCCCAUUACCCCUCCCAGAUUGUUUAUUUUUGACCCUUCCUCAAUCGACCAGCCGGCGUUAAUUCCCUCGGCCGAGUUUUUGGCCAUUAACGGCCUUUGGAUCGGGUCGAGUCUUAAGAAGGCCGGGCCAUCUGGGUCAGGAAAGAGCGGCGCGAGUGAGGAGGGACGAUCACAAACACAAGAAGGAGAGGACAAAACUUGCGCGUCGAUCUUUUGACACGCCAUUAAGGCCACAGCUGUCGAUUCUCGGAUUGUUGUUAGGUAAUUCGAGAGUUUGUAUGCAGAUUUCUGCGUGACCUCAAGUUCCCAAUAUAAUACAUCCGGGUCGGGGGGGAUAUUUCGAUUUUUCGUUAGAGGGGUUUAGAGUAAUAUAUAGAGGGUAUGGUCGGGUUUGUAGGUAUAAAAAGUUUUAAAGGUCACUCAGAAAGGUCGUGGAUAAUAUAGAGGCUAUUAGGCAUGGUAUUAAAUAAUAAAGUAAUGUGUGUGAGGAUAUUUUUAAUACUGAACCUUGGUAAUGUAUAUUUGAACUUGGUAACUCUUCUCAGCCAUCGUAUUUUUGUAAAUAUACUUUUGUUAUGGCUUUGUUUGUGUCAAACAAGUAUAAUAUCGGAAAGGGCGGGGUAUUAUAUUUGAUGACAUAAAAUGGGGGUCGUAAAAGUUGAGAGAAGGUUAGGCUUACAAUAGUCAAAAACGUUUAGCUAAAAUUUAUAUUUAACUUUUUUGCAACUUUACUAUAAUCGGUGAGGUAUAAGGUGACCUAAGAUAUGUAAAAAACUUUAGAAUUUAAAAUUUUAUAAGUUCAGCUAUCUUAUUAUGACACCUUUCAGCUUUUGCACUAUAAUAUAACAAAUAUGCAAAUAUAAUGUGUGAUGACAUUAGGCGGAGACGGCGGUCGUCUCUCCGCGACGUGUUUGUUUGAUUAAUUUUUGUAAUAAAACGCAUUUGUAUCCUUCUGGAAGAUGAAAGGAGAUAUCUUAAAUAUGAUUCUGUUAUCAGCCGACCUUUCUCUCAACUUUUACCUCUCAAGAGGGGGGGGGGCGACGGUGAGUAACCUCUUGACAGUGCCGUUUAGGUGUACUUUUCUUUAAGGGAAGGCUAUUAAUAGUCGAGUUGUUUUUAUGGUUUUAUUUCUAAGUUAAGGCCUUAGGCGAUUGAAUUAGGAUCUGAAAGGUCUGCCUUUGGGUUUCUAAAGUCUGUUUUUUAAAAGUUUUAAAAAGUAAGGCUUAAUUUAAAAUUUUAGGUUAAUCAGUAGGGUUAAUAGUAUCUGUGAUUGAAUUUUCUUUACUAUUUUAGGUAUUUCUACAUACUUUUGGACCGAGUUUCAUUUAAAAAAAAUGUUUUUUUUUGAAAGAAGCUUAAGUAUAAUUUCUAAAACCUUUUAAAGACAAUUUAAAACUACUUAAAAGUACUAUAAUUUUGCAUUUUGUUUAAAAAUACCAGACUCUGCUCAAACAGUUUGAAAUUACUCAUGCCUCUCUAUAUUAAUAUCAACACCACAAGCUGUAAUAUUAUUUAUGGAGCGGCGUUACAGCGACGCCCUUAGCGAGUAGGAGUGGGGCGGACAUUCUCUUUGAUUCUAAUCUCCGAAGCAGGAAAAGUUUGUUUUGGACGUUAAGGUUGUUUACAACGGGCAUCUGCAUAUUCUUAAUCGAAUGAAUACAACCUACUUUGACAUUACUCGCUUCCGUGACAGUCAUGACAUUCGGAGGCUUUGUUCCGUAUAUCCUUUGGGUUUCGUCUCUAACGUAGCUUUAUGGAGUUUCUGGAGGGGGGGGGGUUGGAAACGAUGUGGGAAUGACGUGUAGACUAUGAUAUGGCAUUUGACUAGUUAUUGUAUGGGUUUUGGAGGAUGUGAGGGGUGUUUGGAGCGAUAUAUCACAUUGUUUUACAUUAUGUAGUGUAAAAAAUUGCGUUUCUUAUGUUAUUUACUGUAUACGGUUGGAAAGUUUGUAGAAAAGUUUUACUUUUUAAGAAAAUUGAGUAUUAAAGUUAAUGUAAUGUAACUUUAAAACCAUUUUACUGCUAUAAAAGUUUUAAAUUGAAGCUGUAUCUUACACGACUAAAAGCAAUCUGAUUUUAGUGCCUCAGUACGCGAAGACGACAUUCUGAUGGAGCACCGUACUCUGAAGCCGGUGGGUCGACUGACUCCGGACCACAUUCACGACCAACAUAUGCUUAGUCUACAUGAACUAGUACAGUCCAUUGAGGGAUUCAACGACAGUGAUAAGAAGCAGAGACGACCUUUGGGAAUGUCAAUGUCUGUCGCUAACGAAACCAGCCAACUUCUCCCACCACCAGCCAGAAUCAUGCCAUGGUCGGGGGUCAAGCCUCAGGUAAGGGGUUCAUAUUUGUUGGCACUUUAGUAAAAUAGAUUUUGAUUUAAAUUUUAUGAAGUAAUGUGAAUAUACAGUGAUAGUUCUGCAUAACGAACGUCUCUAUAACAAAAUUUAUCUAUAAUGAACAAAGUUAGAAUUAUUGAACCAUUCGUUAUACAGGAGUUCUACUGUCGUUCUUGACCUUAUGUUAAGAUUUUCCAAUUAAAAAAAUCUUUAAAUUUGCGAAUUUUAAUCCUCUAAUAUCAAGAACUGGCACAAAACAUUAAAAAAGUGCAAAAAACGCCUGAGGCAGGUUGUGACCGACACUUAUGACAUUGCCGUGUCUCGAUUGGCCAGUCAGUGUCAGAAAGUAAUAGGUCAGUCAGUUGUCGGGGCAAACCGCCUCAGGGCAUUAUCGUUAAUUUCGGUGAAAAAUGGACUGGCUAGAAAGUUUUUGUCGGGUAAUUUGUCUUUUUCAAUAUUUAAGUUUGGCAGUUCAAAAUAUUCGAGUUCCCAUUUUAAAUAUUUAAAUUUCAGGACAAUGGAAUCGUGAGGCCCAUCGCUUUUCGGCCGAUCCAAUCAAAGGUCUUGGCCGAGAAUCGGAAUUCGAACAGUCCAGAUGUAAAGUCCAGCUUCAGUUUGCAGAAUAAACAGAAUCUGAAGUCAGUUUGGGGGGGGUUUAAAGGAAUUAAGGGGGUUUACAUUGUAUAUGUACUGCAGUAUUAUUGAUGUUACAAUGAGAAUUACCUUUAAUAUACUAUAAUCAUAUGUUUUACAUUAUUAUCUAAACUUGUUGUACUUCAGAGACCACUCUCGUAGCAUCGGAAACCUCUCCUCUACGGCCAUCCCAACACGACCUCAGCUGUACCAGCCAUCUACAAGGUCAGUACUUUUAUUUUUACUUUGCAAACAUAUUGACAUGUUAUUUUCUGCUUUUUCGAGUCUAAAAUGCCUCUCGGAAGUGACAGGUAGAUCUGUCAUAAAGCGGGCAAUAACAUGGAUCAUAUCAUAAAUCAUGGUGUUGGCCAUUGUUUCGGCCAACUGUCCUUUAAAUGUCCAUUUCAGCCAGCUGUUUGGUGGCAAGUCCAUUGGAUCGUUGCCGCAGGCAUCCCACGACGAGAAUGACUACGACACCGUGUCCGACUACAUUGAUCGCAAGCGUUCUAGUGAGUCGUAUAUUGAUUUAGACACUUUGCCUAUAUUAUAGUACUUUGAUACUAUUUGUCUUGUUUUUAUAUUGUGCUUGAUUCUGUAGCUUGAAUUACGAGUUUUCUAGGUAUUAGUGGGGUCAAAAAAUACGUAGAAGUAAUCUUUAUACUUCGCGUGGCGUCUUUUAAACCUUCUAUGUAGUUUUUGACCGAUUUGUAUUCAAAUAGUACUCAUUGUUAAUGUAACUCCGACUACUAUUGUUACUGUACUAAGUACUACUUUAUGAGACAUUACUAUAGCUAAAAUUAAAAGCUGAAUUACUACAUUGUCCUUGAUAUGCGACGGGCCUUUUCCCCAUUCCGAGGCCGCAAGAGAGAAGCCGGCUUUGUUGUGAAAGGUUGUUAAUUAGCUUUGUUUCUUUUGAUUAGAGACAUUAACUAGGAGUCAGUGUACUUAAUUUAAUGUCAAGUAUAAUGUAAACACACUAAAGUCGAAAACAAGUCUUAUUGUAUACUAUAAUGAAAGCUAUAAUGUAAUGAAAGUGUUAUCAAUACAGUACGUAUAAAAGUUACAGUAACCUCACUUACAGACGAAGGCUCCAACUACAGCUCCAUGUAUCAUACUAACCAGCACGCUCCACGGUCUCACAGUCACGCUGGUUGUCGUGCUCAGACCACAUCGUUCUUCUGUAACCCUCAACAUACCACGAGUUCAACCUCUUCGCAUUUCACCGCCAGUUCUACAUCAUCGAGCUCUUCCACCAACUCUCCUGGACUAAAGAAGUCGGAGAGUCAGCCUCGAGCUGGAGUUCAUGUCACACCAUCGCCAAGUGAUUCUGGGAUUGUGGAUUAUGAGGUAGGAUAACGAUAGUAACUAUGUAAAUGUUGUAAAAGUAUAGAUGUAGGUCAAAAAGUAUGUAGAAACGAUUUUUUUCAGAAAUUCAGAUUCUGUUUUAUUAAUAAUUUUAGUUACUUAUACGUUCUAUCCAUAAUACCUCCUUUACCAUCAAACUUAUAUACGUUUAGACCUUGAUCCGCGACAAAGAGAACGAGCUGACUUCAGUACGUCAAGCCAUGGAGCAGAACGAAGAAGUCCUGAUCAGAGUGUACCAGGACAAGGAACGGCGCUACAAAGACCAGAUCGGCGACCUGAACCAGAAGCUCCAUUUAGCACAGCAAAACGAGAAGAUUCUGCGACAACAGCUACGACAGUCGGAAGAGCGACGUCAGCUUCUGCAGGAUUCUGUGAAGCGUCUGAGCGACGACAAACAGUCGAUGCAGAGGAGAUGUGGCCAGAUCGAGAGGGAACUGCAGCUUCUGAAGACACGGCUCGACGCGAGGGAGAGCUGCGACAACUGCGACAAGAAAACGAAACCAGUCCCAGCCCCACGCCUUCUCAAGGAUUCGGAAUUGAGGACGGAGGUGAAGGAUCUGAAGGGUGAAGUGAGCACGUUGAAGGCACAGCUCAACCAUCAGAUGCAGUUCUUCACGGAGGACUGGAAACGGUGGGAGAACGACAGAAAUGUAAGAUAAUAUUUACUAAUAGGUUAAUAUCUAUCUUCUAUUAUAUUAUAGUACGUUAUAUAUGACAUUGUUGACUUUAGGGUAACAAAGCUACUCACUUUUCGUCGCGGAAGCCUCUGGUGAGCACGGAUCGAUUAAUUUAA